UGGUUUAAGGAAGUUAAACUAAGUGUCAAAACAUUGUGUGGGAAGUGUCAAAAUAUUUGUGGUAGUACUUAUUCUUUAGCUAUGAUGUUUCUCAGAUGAAGAUAAAAAAAAUGACCAUGACCUCACAGAACAGGAAACUAGCGCUGCUGAUCGGACAUUUCAGUGAUAUGAAAAGAACGUGUUAGUGUCAGAGCUGGACGUUACGAAGCGACACUCUGUGCUUGUUUGUGAACUUUUAACAUUAAUAAUGACAAACGUUUUAGGUUUUAUCUUAGUGAUGAAUGCACUCCUCUGCUGCGGACAUGCUGAAGGCGCAAUUCUGACUAUUGAUCCCAACUGGUCGACUUUUCAUCCUGGAGAGAGCGUGACGUUCAUUUGUGACAUGAAUGAAGGCAAAGACACCGACUGGGAAUAUGAGAUUAAAAAAAAUGGAGAACAAUUUCUUCGCUCCAACCCGCACAAAAGCUUCACAUUACAACCUAUCCAAAUCGAUCACAGUGAUGAAUACCAGUGUUGUGGACUCAGGAAGAUCUCCGGUGAUACCAAGUGCAGUGAUACUGUCUCUUUAACUGUUACUGCUCAACCCAAAGCCACACUGACUGCAGGUCCUACAACCAUACCAGUAGGGGGCAGUGUGACACUGAGCUGCUCUCUGCCCUCUGCUGGAUGGAAAUACAAAUGGUACAUAAGGACCAAAAACACACCUGAAGUUCAACUCACUGAUGAAGAAAACAGAGAUAUUAAUGUAGCACAAGCAGGAAUAUACCGAUGUCUGGGAAUGAGACCAAAUGAAAACUAUCAAAGUCUUGUAAGUGACGAAGUCAGCAUCACAAUAAGCUUUUCCAAUGAGGUUGUUGUGACUCGACAACCAAACCGGCCUCAGAUGUUCAGUGGUGAGUCGAUCACUCUGACAUGUGAGGUCCAGGGAGGAGAAACCACUGAGUGGACGUGUGAAUGGAGGAGAGAUGGGAAAACUGUAAAAGUGGGAAAUGAUAAACACCUGACUGUCAGUGUUAAUGAGUCCAGUAGUGAAGAGUACAGGUGUCAGUGUAGACGCAGAGACGACUGGUAUUCUGAGACAAAGUGGAGUGAAAAGAUCCCAGCGUCUGUGUCAGAUGCUGUGCUGACUAUUGAUCCCAACUGGUCGACUUUUCAUUCUGGAGACAGAGUGACGUUCAUUUGUGACAUCAAUGAAGGCAAAGACACCGACUGGGAAUAUGAGAUAAAAAAAAAUGGAGAACAAUUUCUUCGCUCCAACCCGUACAAAAGCUUCACAUUUCUACCUAUCCAAAUCGAUCACAGUGGUGAAUACCAGUGUUGUGGACUCAGGAAGAGCUCUGGUGAUACCAAGUGCAGUGAUACUGUCUCUUUAACUGUUACUGCUCAACCCAAACCCACACAGACUGCAGGUCCUACAACCAUACCAGUAGGGGGCAGUGUGACACUGAGCUGCUCUCUGCCCUCUGCUGGAUGGAAAUACAAAUGGUACAUAAGGACCAAAAACACACCUGAAGUUCAACUCACUGAUGAAGAAAACAGAGAUAUUAAUGUAGCACAAGCAGGAAUAUACCGAUGUCUGGGAAUGAGACCAAAUGAAAACUAUCAAAGUCUUGUAAGUGACGAAGUCAGCAUCACAAUAAGCUUUUCCAAUGAGGUUGUUGUGACUCGACAACCAAACCGGCCUCAGAUGUUCAGUGGUGAGUCGAUCACUCUGACAUGUGAGGUCCAGGGAGGAGAAACCACUGAGUGGACGUGUGAAUGGAGGAGAUCUGGGUCAAUAAUACAGUGGACAGACAGUAAAGACUGGACUUUCAAUGUCUCUGAGUCCAGCAGUGGAAACUACAUGUGUCAGUGUAGAAGCAGAGAUGACUGGUAUUCUUCAACACAGUGGAGUGAAACCAUAACAGUAACUGUAUCCAGUCCUGUCAUCUCUUCAUUUCCUGUGAUGUUGAUCGUUGGACCAGUUAGUGGAAUCGUUCUCAUUGUCCUCCUGCUCUUGUUGUGGCGCUGCAGACGGUCCAAAGGUCAGAACAUUUUCUUCUCAUUUUAG